AUGGGUAAGAAGAGUAGACUCUCUCAGUCUGUAGUUGCUCGGAAGAGAAAGAGCUCAAUUGAUCAAAAUCCAUUUGAAGUUCGAGUUAAUCGUAAGAAACAUGACGUGUUAGGUCAAAGAAGAGAAAAAGGAGAAAGAGGUUUACCUGGUGUGUCAAGAUCACAUGCAAUAGAGAAAAUUGAUGAUACUGAAGAUCAUUUUGGUGGAUUUUUACACAAGAAGAGAUCUUCAAAUCUAGAAGAGAAUGAAAGAAAGGUAAAUAUAUUGAAUGCAAAAGCAGAAACAUCUGAAGAUCAAAAUGAAGGAGAACAAUCAGGAAAUGAACAAAAUAAUGAGGAACAAUCAGAAACAGAAGAUAAUGAAGAACAAUCAGGAAAUGAAGACAAUGAUGAAGAACAAUCAGGAAAUGAAGACAAUGAUGAAGAACAAUCAGGAAAUGAAAAGGAUGAGGAACACAAUGUUGAAUGUUAUGCCUCAGAUCUGGAGUCUGAUGGUUAG